UCCUGCAGCUCGAGCCCAUUUCUCCCAGUCCUCCUCCACCCAGCAGAAGAGAGCAUGAAGCUCCUUUUUUCAGGCGUCCUCGCCCUCUUCCUGCUAUCUGCUCUGGACCAGGCGGACUCCUCCGCCUACGAUAAAAUAGUGGCACACAGCCGCAUACGGGCCAAGAAAGAAGGACCCAAUGUGUGCGCUCUGCAGCAGGUGAUGGGGACCAAGAAGAAGUACUUCAGCACGUGUCGUAAUUGGUACCAAGGAGCCAUCUGUGGAAAGAAAGCAACUGUGCUGUAUGAGUGCUGUCCUGGAUACAUGAAGCUGGAGGGUAUGCGAGGAUGUCCUGCUGUGGCUCCUAUUGAUAAUGUUUACGGCACCCUGGGCCUGAUAAACGCAAUCACCACCCAGGAGUACUCUUCCCUGUCCAAACUCAGGGAGGAAAUUGAGGGAUCUGGAUCUUAUACCUUCUUUGCUCCCAGUAAUGAAGCUUGGGAUCUCCUAGAUGCGGAAGUGAGGAAUGCCCUGGUGAGCAAUGUUAAUAUCGAGCUGUACAACGCUCUGCACUACCACAUGGCCAACAAACGUCUCCUCACCAAAGACCUGAGGAAUGGACUGACCGUCACCUCCAUGUACAACGACCUGAGCUUACACAUCAACCACUACUCCAAUGGGAUUGUCACAGUGAACUGUGCCAGGAUCAUUCACGGAAACCAGGUGGCCACCAACGGCGUGGUGCAUGUUAUUGAUCGUGUUAUCACCGCUGUGGGCAACACCAUCCAGGACGUGAUUGACGUUGAUGAUGAGCUGAGCUCUCUGAAUACUAUGGCUACCGCCGCCGGCCUGAUGGACAAACUGGGCCAGCCCGGCCACUUCACCCUUUUCGCCCCCACCGACGACGCCUUCUCCAAGCUGGACGGAGACGUUAUGGAAAGACUUAUGGCUGACAAGGACGUCCUCCAAGCUCUGAUCAACUACCACCUGCUGGACUCAGUUCAGUGCUCUGAGGCGAUCAUGAGCGGAACUUCAUACGAGACUCUGGAGGGAACCAACAUUGAGAUCGGCUGUGAUGGAGACAGUCUGACGGUUAAUGGUGUAAAGAUGGUGCUGAAGAAGGACAUUGUCACCACUAACGGAGUCAUCCACCUGAUCGACCAGGUGCUCAUGCCCGACUCAGCUAAACAGGUGAUGGAGCUGGUCGGUCCGUCCCAGUCCACCUUCAGCGACAUGGUGUCUGAGCUGGGUCUGUCAGCAUCCAUGAGGCCGAAAGCUGAGUACACACUGCUGGCUCCUCUCAAUUCAGCUUUCAGCGAUGAGGUGAUGUCUAUGGACCAGCGUUUACUGAAGAUCAUUCUGGAGAACCACGUUCUGAAGAGUAAGAUUGUGCUGGGUCAGCUGUAUAACGGGCAGCGGCUGGAGACCCUGGGCGGAAAGUUCCUCAGAGUGUUUGUUUAUCGCACGGCCGUCUGCAUUGAGAACGCCUGUCUGAUCCGUGGAAGUAAAGAGGGAGCGAACGGCGCUCUUCAUCUGAUGAAGACCUUCAUCAAACCAGCCGAGUCCAGCAUGUUCAAACUGCUGACUGAACACGGAGGAUUCAAGAUCUUCUUGUCUCUGAUGGAGGCGGCUGGACUGACUGAUCUGCUGAAACAGGAGGGAGAUUUUACUCUGUUCGCCCCGACCGACGAGGCUCUGUCCGGCCUGAGUCAGAGAGACAUCGCCCUCCUGAAGAGCGACCCCAACGCUCUCAAAGCGAUCCUGCUCUACCACUUCAGCAAAGGCAUCUUCAUCGGCGGAGGCCUGGAGACCGGAGUCACUAACCUGCUGAAAUCUCUCCAGGGCAGCAACCUCAAAGUCCUGUUUGCUAACGACAGCAUGCAGGUGAACUCAGUGAAAGUUCCAGAGUCCGACCUCAUGGCCACAAACGGAGUUAUUCACUUUGUGAAGAACCUUCUUUACCCUGAAGACAUUCCUGUUGGAAACCAGGAGCUCCUCGCCCUUCUGAGACGUUUCACCAGAUUCAUCCAGAUCAAGUUUGUGUCGGGAUACAGAUUUAAGGAGAUUCCUCUGACAUUCAUAAAGAGAAUCAUCACAGGUGAUGUGACCAAAGUGACCAGAAUCAUCGAGGGAGAUCCCUCUUUCACUAAAGUUACACGAGUCAUCGAGGGUGAUCCAACCUUCACCAAGGUCACAAGGGUCAUCGAGGGUGAUCCAACUUUCACCAAGGUCACGAGGGUCAUUGAAGGAGAGCCAACUUUCACCAAGGUCACAAGAGUCAUCGAGGGAGAGCCAAGUUUCACCAAGGUCACGAGGGUCAUCGAAGGCGAGCCAGCUCUUACCAAAGUUACCCGGGUCAUUGAAGGUCCUGAGUACAUGAUCAGAAGCCAAUAUGGCUCCUCCAAUAUGGAGCUCCAUGGACCUCAAACUGAGUACAGUUCCAUCUCAGACUUCGACUCAGACAGUGAAAGACUCACCAAAGCCAUUCAAGAGGGACCAAGACGAGUUCCUGGGAGACGGGUGCCAGCUGGAACCAGGAGGAGAACCAGGAUGAGCAGCCAGGACUAGAAGCUAAAAGAGGAAACGUUAAAAUCAGACCCUUAAACAUUUUAAGGAACAGAAGGGUUUAAGGGACCUGGAAUCACUCGUAAAAGAAAAGUGACCUCCCUUAUCAGAAGCUAUUGAACUGGUUCAGUCGGAACCUGGUUUAAACCAAACAUAGAGACAGAUGUGAUAACGAUAAUCUGACUCUGUUCUCUUUUUCAGUAAAUAUCUGCUCAGAACAGGGAAGUUAAAUGGUCCUUGUGUGUGUACAUAUUUUGUUAAGGUCUUUUUUAAUGGAGGGUUUCGUCUGAAACGUCAGACUGCUGCAGAAAUUUCACGUUUUAUCACAGGAGGAGUGUCUGAAACUGAAGGUCUAGAAGAUGUUGAGGUCCUGAAAGGUCUGAAUGCUUUAGGAUUUAGAGGGUUAAACGGGACGGAUGUGGAAGGAUGAUGGAAUUACACGUCUGUGUGUUUUCUGCAGAUGAUUUGAACAUAACGUUUGUUUACAGAAGUGAAGCGCGAGCGUGAAGCCCAUGUGAUUUUUCUGCAGCAGAUGUGUUUCUGGGAAUAUAUCUGUGCACAUUGCUAAGAAACUCCUAAAGCCAAGUAGAGUCCAGGUUUUGUUGGGUUGAGGUUUUCUUCUGCAUGGCCAAAGAUUUUGUGGUGCUCAUGUUCAGUAUUUUUGUUUCCAUUAAAGAAUAAAAUUGUUUGCAACAUUUUGAUAAGAA